UCGCCCACAGCAACACCAUUAUCUCGCAGCAUCUCAGAUUCCAUCUCGCCCAUCUCGCCCAUCUCGCCCAUCUCGCCCAUCUCGCAUCUCAUCCGCACGCAUUCCACAUGCCUCGUCCCCCGCCAUGACGGACUCUGCAGCAUCGCCAGCCCGAGACGCCCCCAGCGAAAGCGACGAUGCGACGCAGCCUGUUUCCUCGCCCGGGUCAGUGAAAUAGAUCUUAGGCGCCUAUCGAGCCUUGUGCUUGUGUGGAGAGCCGUGCCGUUCUGCUCAUGGCAUGCUGCAGUAGACAGUUGUCUGCUAAACAAGACCGGGAAAUUCCUAUUCAUACCUGGCACGUUUGUCGUCACCGCCAAAUCUGUCAGAAUGGUAGGGGCCUUGUUGGCCGCGGAUAGCGAGUAGCGGUUCGUCGUUUAUCGCGAUGGACCUGCGUAAGGCACUUGCUCGCGAUUCUCAUCGCCGUGCGAUACCUUGCUCCUAUCUUGCCUCCUUAUGCCAGUACUCUCUCUGCAGAAUGCCAUCUUGCGGACCGGCGAGACUUUUCCUAAUCACCCUUUCACUUGGACUUGGCAUCGCACCUUUCAUCAUGAGCGAUACGGAUACACGGCCGAGCUUGCCCUCGCUACUGUGUGGUUUACUGACGCAUUAACUUUCAGGUACCCUUACGUGACCCAAGACGACAAUGAAUCAGAUGCUUCCGACCAUGAUGAAAGCAAAGUGAAGAAUGAGCACGACGACGAAGAGUCUACCGAGUCGGAUUCCAGUCAAGAGAAUGAAGAGGCCUCACAAGUCGAUGUGACUUGUGGACAGACAGUGAUAUCUUGGAAGAACGCCAAUGGCCGAAUCGAAUGCACUGACGAUCUAUCUUUUGAUCUAUACAUGGACGUCUCAACCAAUACUGCGAUUUUCAAACUGUAUGGCUACAUUCUUCUCAAAGGCAAUAGAGGCAAAAGUGGCAAGCAGGCCAUUUAUUUAUUCAUACAUCCUGAGAGCAUCCGAUCCAUCACUCUGGAGACUGUCCAUGAUGCGCCAUCUCGACCAUUGACCAAUCUUGGAUCCAACUACCACUCGUUGUGUUUCUUUUUGACGAAAGAGCCUCGUCUCGUUGUCCCUCACGACAGUAUUCUAGAGUCCAGACCGAAGACUGCAGCCCUCCUAGAUUCAAUCCAAGCCUUGGCUACCAUGAUGGAUUUUACCGUUUCCUUCAGCAAUACCGACAUUACCGCAUCAGUCCUGCACAGCCUAAGAUUAGUCGCUUCGGUUUUCUCACCAACAGCCAACAGCAAUCGGCCGUCUACGAAUAUCAGACGCGCCAAUCUCAGUGCUUUGUAUGCUGGCAAAGGUGGUGAAAUUGUUCACACGAAUGAUGCGACCGCCAAUGCCGCAGUGCUACCACCUCCAUUAUAUACCGAAGCCACGCCUGGCCCAAGCCAGAUCUCCAAUAAACGUAAACGUGUGAACUCUGACAUUGAUGAUGAUCGCUCUCCCGGUGUCAACAACCAAAUUUUACACCUUCUCAAAAACAUCUGUGCUCGCCUCGAUACUAUGGAUGACCGUAUGAGCCGGCUUGAAGAUAAAGUGACGGAGGCACUGGAUGCUGACCGCACCUCAUGCCGAUACGGAACGGAAGAAAGAACAGAAAUAAUAGAAGCGGUCGACAAUAGAAUUGAUGACUGCAUCACUGACCUAAAGGUCGAAUCUCACGACAUACUCCAGGAACUCAAAGAAGAGGUUGACGACACACUGGAGCGACUAGAUAAUGAGGCAAGUGAUAAGAUAGAACAGCUAGAGAAUGAGAUAGACGAGAACACCACAAAGCUAGUGGAGAAGUAUUUGAAGAAGAAGCUGUCAAAUGCGAGCUUGCGAGUGGACGGGACUGUGUUCUUGGACAUUUAGACAUCGCAGAGUUACUUGGCCAAUCUCCUGCAACUACAAUACCAUACGAGUCUCUGGGCUUUUACCUCUUC